CCCUUUCAUCCCCUUGGCUGAGGCUUUCUUCCCCGUCGCUGGCUCUGCCCGAAGUUUCUAGAGUUUUCUGACCUUCAAGGCGAGAACUGCUGUGUCAUUCUUAGGGACACUCCCCAACAAACUGCGCCACCCGAGUCUCUCCCUCCUCUCGCCAACCGGCCCUAAAACAUCAAGAUGGAAAAAACAUCCGGGAGAGCCGGGCCGUUUCUUCAGGCAGACUAGGCCAUUAGGUGCCUCGGAGAAAGGACCCAAGGCUGCUCCGUCCUUCACAGACACAGUCCAAUCAGAGUUUCCCAGGCACAUCGAUGCACCGCCUCCUUCGAGAAACAAGGUAACUUUCGGGUUCUGGUUGUCUCCAAAGUCAUCCGAACAAUCUCGCACCGCGCUAAAAUUACAAGCCCAGAACGGGCCCUUCCUGUCAAUUACCUACUGAAGGGCAGGCGGCUAGCACCGCCAUGGAGACCAACACCCUUCCCACCACCACUCCCCCUUUCUCUCAGGGCCCCUGUCCCCUCCAGUGAAUCCCAGAAGACUCUGGAGAGUUCUGAGCAGGGGGCGGCACCCUGCCCUCUGAUUGGUCCAAGGAAGGCUGGGGGGCAGGACGGGAGGCGAAACCCCUGGAAUAUUCCCGACCUGGCAGCCUCAUCGAGCUCGGUGAUUGGCUCAGAAGGGGAAAGGCGGGUCUCCACGACGACUUAUAAAAGCCCAGGGGCGAGCGGUCAGGAAAACGGCCAGCCUGAAGAGCUGCUGCGAGAGUGCGCUGCCUUUUCCGAGAGUGACCCCCGCGGUCCCAAGGCUUUCCAGAGCGAACCUGUGCGGCUGCAGGCACCGGCGCGUUGAGUUUCCGGCGUCCCGAAGGACCGAGCUCUUGUCGCGGAUCCCGUCCGCUGUUUCCAGCCCCGAAUCUCAGAGCGGAGCCGAGAGAGCAGGGCACCGGCAUGGCCAAAGCCGCGGCGAUCGGCAUCGACCUGGGCACCACCUACUCCUGCGUGGGGGUGUUCCAGCACGGCAAGGUGGAGAUCAUCGCCAACGACCAGGGCAACCGCACCACCCCCAGCUACGUGGCUUUCACGGACACCGAGCGGCUCAUCGGGGAUGCGGCCAAGAACCAGGUGGCGCUGAACCCGCAGAACACCGUGUUUGACGCGAAGCGGCUGAUCGGCCGCAAGUUCGGCGACCCGGUGGUGCAGUCGGACAUGAAGCACUGGCCUUUCCAGGUGAUCAACGACGGAGACAAGCCCAAGGUGCAGGUGAGCUACAAGGGGGAGACCAAGGCAUUCUACCCUGAGGAGAUCUCGUCCAUGGUGCUGACCAAGAUGAAGGAGAUCGCCGAGGCGUACCUGGGCUACCCGGUGACCAACGCGGUGAUCACCGUGCCGGCCUACUUCAACGACUCGCAGCGCCAGGCCACCAAGGAUGCGGGUGUGAUCGCGGGGCUCAACGUGCUGCGGAUCAUCAACGAGCCCACGGCCGCCGCCAUCGCCUACGGCCUAGACAGAACGGGCAAGGGGGAGCGCAACGUGCUCAUCUUUGACCUGGGCGGGGGCACCUUCGACGUGUCCAUCCUGACGAUCGACGACGGCAUCUUCGAGGUGAAGGCCACGGCCGGGGACACCCACCUGGGUGGGGAGGACUUUGACAACAGGCUGGUGAACCACUUCGUGGAGGAGUUCAAGAGAAAACACAAGAAGGACAUCAGCCAGAACAAGCGAGCCGUGAGGCGGCUGCGCACCGCCUGCGAGAGGGCCAAGAGGACCCUGUCGUCCAGCACCCAGGCCAGCCUGGAGAUCGACUCCCUGUUUGAGGGCAUCGACUUCUACACGUCCAUCACCAGGGCGAGGUUCGAGGAGCUGUGCUCGGACCUGUUCCGAAGCACCCUGGAGCCCGUGGAGAAGGCUCUGCGCGACGCCAAGCUGGACAAGGCCCAGAUCCACGACCUGGUCCUGGUCGGGGGCUCCACCCGCAUCCCCAAGGUGCAGAAGCUGCUGCAGGACUUCUUCAACGGGCGCGACCUGAACAAGAGCAUCAACCCCGACGAGGCUGUGGCCUACGGGGCGGCGGUGCAGGCGGCCAUCCUGAUGGGGGACAAGUCCGAGAACGUGCAGGACCUGCUGCUGCUGGAUGUGGCUCCCCUGUCGCUGGGGCUGGAGACGGCCGGAGGCGUGAUGACUGCCCUGAUCAAGCGCAACUCCACCAUCCCCACCAAGCAGACGCAGAUCUUCACCACCUACUCCGACAACCAACCCGGGGUGCUGAUCCAGGUGUACGAGGGCGAGAGGGCCAUGACGAAGGACAACAAUCUGUUGGGGCGCUUCGAGCUGAGCGGCAUCCCUCCGGCCCCCAGGGGCGUGCCUCAGAUCGAGGUGACCUUCGACAUCGAUGCCAACGGCAUCCUGAACGUCACGGCCACGGACAAGAGCACCGGCAAGGCCAACAAGAUCACCAUCACCAACGACAAGGGCCGCCUGAGCAAGGAGGAGAUCGAGCGCAUGGUGCAGGAGGCGGAGAAGUACAAAGCGGAGGACGAGGUGCAGCGCGAGAGGGUGUCAGCCAAGAACGCCCUGGAGUCCUACGCCUUCAACAUGAAGAGCGCCGUGGAGGAUGAAGGGCUCAAGGGCAAGAUCAGCGAGGCCGACAAGAAGAAGGUGCUGGACAAGUGUCAAGAGGUCAUCUCGUGGCUGGACGCCAACACCCUGGCCGAGAAGGACGAGUUUGAGCACAAGAGGAAGGAGCUGGAGCAGGUGUGUAACCCCAUCAUCAGCGGACUGUACCAGGGUGCGGGUGGUCCCGGGCCUGGCGGCUUCGGGGCUCAGGGUCCCAAGGGAGGGUCUGGGUCAGGCCCCACCAUUGAGGAGGUGGAUUAGGGGCCUUCGUUCCUUAGUAUGUUUGUCUUUGAGGUGGACUGUUUGGACUCAAGGACUUUGCUGCUGUUUUCCUAUGUCAUUUCUGCUUCAGCUCUUUGCUGCUUCACUUCUUUGUAAAGUUAAGUUGUAACCUGAUGGUAAUUAGCUGGCUUCAUUAUUUUUGUAGUACAACCAAUAUGUUCAUUAGAAUUCUUUGCAUUUAAUGUUGAUAUUGUAAGGGUGUUUCUUUCCCUUUAAAUGAAUCAACACUGCCACCUUCUGUACGAGUUUUUUUUUUUUUUGGCUGUGCGAAAACACUACAAAGGCUGGGAAUGUAUGUUUUGUAUGUUUUUAUAAUUUGUUUACUUAAAUAUGAAAAAUAAAAUGUUAAACUUU